AUGCCUGCAGAUGACAUGUCGCGUGCAAACGUAACGGGCAAGUAUCACAAGUUUCCAGAUAUAGUAACAUGGCAAAUAAACGAUGAAACCAGAUUGAUGAUCAAUACACGAAUACAGAGUACAAUGUACACGUUUGAUGAGGCUAAACGUUCAAGGCUGGGAGGUAGGGAGGCUGAGACAAAUCAGUCUGUCUUGUCAGCAACAGUAACAGUAACAGUUACAGCAAUGACGUCGAUCAACCUUUCCAAGACUGGUCAAAGUGCCUGCCAACAAAGCGCAGGAUUGGAGAAUCCCGUGAUGAUCGCUACUACUAGGCUGAUGAAGUGUACGGCACCUUUGCUAAACGCCGACCAAGAUUCUUUCAAGAGACAAAGACAAAGGCCGGGUGGUAGCCGAGACAGCCGUAAUUACGGCCGGUCGGUGAAUCGGUCGAGUCCGUCCAUCUAG